AUGAACGGAAUCACAGACAGUUCGCAAAAAAUGACCGAAAUAUCACCCACUGUGGUCACUUAUGUUGCCAAUAUUAGUGUGAAUAACGAUAAAAUGGAAGAACAAACGGCAGUAGCAGAAAUCGCUACUACAAGAACUCAGAUAACGAGUACUCUUACUUCAACGCAGUCACGUGGAAAUCUAAAUCCAGCCUUGAAUGUGAAUCACAAAAUGAUGAAGUCAAACUAUAUUUUUGAGAUGGUUACGGGUAAUGAGGAAGUACCAGAUAGACUUGAAUCCAAUGCUGAUGAGAAAUUAAUUUUGCAGAAAGAAAAGAGCUGGAAUAGUAGACACAGUCGUCUACAUUACUGUUAUGAUGAAAGCCUUCAGAAUCCUAUCAAACAUAAAAUUUGUGAUAAAAAGAUGACAGGAAAGGAGAUGAUUGGAGAAUACAAAUUAUUGGAAUCAGUGGCAGAAAUGAUACAGAAAUAUGAGGAGAAGUCACGUCUGGAAAGUGAACAAAAUAUACACAACUUCUAA